GGUAGUGUUGCACUUGCAUGUGAAAUAUCUAAUCCAAGUACUACUAACUACUAAGUACUUCACUUGAUAGUAACUUAGAAAAAAGAAAGUUGUGAGAAAAUGGAGGGUCACACUAAGAUGAUGUUCAUUCUUGGCCUUGUGGCCAUUGCUAGCAUCUCACAGAUUUAUAGAGUGGAAGGUGCUGGGGAAUGUGGGAAAAACACUACCCCAGACAAUGAGGCUAUUAAGCUAGCACCUUGCGCCACAGCGGCGCAAGAUGAGAAUGCGAGCGUGUCGCAGAGUUGCUGUGUUCAGGUCAAGAAAUUUGGCCAGAAUCCAGCUUGCCUCUGCGCUGUUUUGCUCUCUAACACGGCCAAGAUGUCCGGCGUUGACCCUAAGAUUGCCAUCACCAUCCCCAAGCGUUGCAACUUUGCCAACCGCCCCGUUGGUUACAAGUGUGGACCUUACACUCUACCAUAAAUUUGUUGGUGAAAAAAGGAGGACUGGAUUUGAAGGCUCCAUAGCUGUGAUAGCUACUACUAUAUGUGAUCACUACUUUGUUGUAUUCUCCUUGUAACUUUGUAAUGUUAUUACUUUCUUAUAAUAAUAGCUGGCAGCUUAUAACUGUCCUUCAUAAA